CCUUGUUUGCCUGUGAGUAUAUAAAAUAAAAGACAUGGGCACUGAAAUGAGAAGCACUGGCCACCCCAAGCAGGCAGACGAUUCAUUCUGUGGGGCAGACGUGCUUCUGUGUCAUCUCUCUCGGGUUAGGUCUUUCCCAGGGAUCUCUUUGAUUCCCAGGCACUGAUUCUUUCAACGGUGUAAAUCCUCGCCAGACAUCUUUGACCAGGAUGUCUUCAGAAACCCCUUUAGAGCAGGAGCCCGGGAAGAAGAGCGUCAAGAAAGCGUGCUCCUUCACCAUCGAGAACAUCCUCUCCAGCUCCAGAGAACAUCCAGAGAACAUCCUCCAGAGGAGGCCCCCGGUUCCCCUUCCGCUCUGCUUCCGGGGGAUCUUGGACUGUGAGCCCAAAGGGCUGUGCGCGCUGGGGGGCAUGGCCGCCGCCGCCGCCGCUCUGCAAGACGAGGAGGAAGGGGACGAGGCAGAGACCGACCUCGGGCAGUGUGGAUGCUGCUGCUGUUCCCACAGCAGUCUUCAUUCGUGGCAGGAGACGGCACAGUGGCUGGCAGACACGAGGUUUCCCUGGCCUAUGAGGCUUUUUCGUCCCGUCGGCAGGCCGUGUAAGAACGGGCAUGAGAGCCACAGUGAGUUGCAGGCGUUGCACCAGAUCCAGCGCCGGACACGACGGCAUCGCACCAUCUUCACCGAGGACCAGCUGCAGGCUUUGGAGGCCCUCUUCCAUCAGAACCAAUAUCCAGACGUCAUCACCAGAGAACACCUGGCCAACCGCAUCCACUUGAAGGAAGAAAGAGUAGAGGUUUGGUUUAAAAAUCGCCGUGCCAAGUGGAGGCAUCAGAAGCGAGCAUCGGCUUCGGCGCUCAUCCUCCAAGGCACGAAGAAGUCUUCCGAGGGGAAAUGCUAACAUGAAGAGCAUAUCCCGGUUGGCUAAUACAGCCAGCGACGGUGGCCCUUUGGCGUCUGCACUGAAUGAUUGGAUGGGAGGAAACUUCGGGAUUAUGAAGAGAUGAGAGAGAGGCAGAGAUGGAAGAAGGUGUUAUAUUUUUAAAGACUGAGUUUUUCUUAAUGGCUCAUUCCACCGCAAAUAAAAUAAAAUAAAAUAAAAUAAUAA